AAUUUCUUCGGCCAAUCUAGAAUCCAGAACAAAACUAUGGUCCAGCAUUGGUUCACAUCUUGGACGAUGUCGAUGGGCCCUCAAUGAUCUGAAAAGACAGUAUGAGAUUAAAAUGUGUCUGUGUAUACGUGGGGACAGUUAGAUGGGCGGAUUUCUUCGAUAGUUGCCAGACUCAUCCCAGCCGUGGAGAAGUAAAGAGAAAGAGGUUCGUGAAAAUGCACCGAAGAAGAAGUGUGCCCUUUUUAGCGGAUGGACGGACGGCCAGACGGCCACCAUGCCCAAUGAUUGCCGUUUCGGGUGUCAGGCAUGUGCCCACCUCCUUCUAUCCUAUUACGAACGCGCCUUUGAACAGAGUGGGGAGUCCAAUUCCUUCACUCAAACAUUACGCUGUUGGUCAUCACUGUCCGUUUAGUUGAGACGAGCAGGAAGCGAAAUUAAAAUUUGGCUGCUGGGGGACUUCUCAGAAGCAUAGUGUUGAACGGGAUUUUCUCAUGUUUUAUUUGUUACGCCAAGAAACUGGAAGUGAGAUUGUGCUUGCGUUUGCGGCCGUAAUUGCGGCUGUUGUGCCCAAACUUUUGUUGAUUAAUAAGGGGAAACGAUCUUCCUUUUUCAAUGCUGGUGAUGAAUUGGUGCAUGGGGAUGAGCUUAUUUUUUUGGGUUUGGACCGGUUGAUGAUGCUUGAGGUGUUGAAUUCUUUGGCUGUGAAGGGAAUCCUGCAUUCCUGAAGUGGAGCUCUGGGGGGAAAAGGAAAGCCAGGAACGAGCGAGCUUGUUAUUUUUUCUGAGUCUAAUGCAAUGAGGGAACAUUCACGCAGGGAAAGAGAGAGGAGUUGGGUUGAAAUAUGCUGUUUGGGUUGUUUAUGCCUACAGCUUUCCUGGCCUGGAUUGUUCCUGAAGAAAUGGUUGAAUAUCAAGUCGACAGGCUCGGAUUUCAGUGCGGAUGAUCGUGAUAGUGACAGUGAGUGGGAAGAAGAAGGCGGUAGCUUUUGGAACAGAGAAGGGAACAAUGCUUCCGUCGAGAAGAACGAUGGAUUUAGGUGUCAGUCCAUGGGUCCUGCCACCUCAGGAUUUCUUACUUGCAGGAUGAGACGACGCAACUCUGAGACACUUCGCGUGCAAUACAUAGAUGCCAAGGAACUAAGAGUUUGUGUUAGUACAUGGAAUGUUGGGGGCCAGAUGCCACCAGAUGACUUGGACAUCGAUGAAUGGCUAGACAUGGAUGAACCAGCUGAUUUAUAUGUGCUUGGCCUUCAGGAGAUUGUUCCAUUAAAUGCUGGAAACGUACUUGGUGCUGAAGACACCCGUCCUGCUUCAAAAUGGGAGCAUCUCAUUCGCAAAACACUAAACAAGGUCCAAACUACGAAACCAAAGGUUAAAUGUCAUAGUGAUCCUCCUUCACCAUCAAGAUUCCAGCCCUCAGAAGAAAUUCAUUCUAAUUAUGAUGAAAUAUCAAGUGACGAUGAUAGCCAUGAUGAAGCUGAAAACAGGUGUGGGGAUCCUUUGAAUUUCUCUGUGAAUGGUGAUGAACAUCAGGCAUGUGCAAAUGAACCUACGUUAGAUGAUGACCCAGCCUGUACCACAAAAACUAGAACAGACCCACAAAGCACCCAUUCACCUACAGUGAAGAGAUUGGACCGCAUACAUCAGUUCAGUUGGAGCCGAUAUAAUGCUAAUAUAGAAUCUGAUGCCUCUGAUACUCCAAAACAGAACAAAUUAACCAGAACAUAUAGUGGCUUAGAGAAAGUAGGUUUGAGUUGGCCGGAGAAACCUCUGGACUUGUUAGAUGUACAUGAUUUUGAAAGACAGAGUUCUAUCAGGGCAUAUAAUUCCUUUAAAACUCCAAAAUCUUUGAGUCUGUCUUCACUUGGACCACGUAGCAGCAUAGAAAAGGAAGAACCAGCUCCAGUAACUAGACUGGAAUCUUUUAGAUACAGAAGCAGAAGGCCCACAUACGUGAGGAUUGUCAGCAAGCAAAUGGUUGGAAUUUUUCUGUCAGUUUGGGUACAUAGAAAACUUCGGAGGUUCAUCCACAAUUUGAACGUUUCCAUUGUUGGAGUUGGCAUUAUGGGUUACAUCGGCAACAAGGGGUCAGUAUCAGUCAGCAUGUCUAUCUAUCAAACUCUAUUUUGCUUCAUCUGUUCUCAUCUUACAUCUGGUGAGAAGGAUGGAGAUGAACUUAAGCGAAAUGCUGAUGUGAAAGAAAUCAUCCGGAGAACACGAUUCAACCUUGGGAGUAUUGAUCUUCCCAAAACUAUCUUUGACCAUGAAAGGAUUAUUUGGUUUGGUGAUUUAAAUUAUCGAAUCAAUUUAUCUUAUGAGAGGACCAGAGAACUCAUCUCCCAGAAGGAAUGGUCCAUGUUGGCUGAGAGUGACCAGUUGAUAAAGGAGCUGCGAAAAGGUUGUGCUUUUGAUGGGUGGAAAGAGGGUUGCCUAGAUUUUCCACCAACAUACAAAUAUGAGCUUGAUUCUGAAAAUUAUGCACCCGAGGAGCCAAAAUCUGGAAGGCGCACACCAGCAUGGUGUGACCGUGUUCUUGCAUUUGGAAAGGGACUCCAGCAAAUAAGUUAUAGGAGAAUUGAAAAGAAGCUUUCAGAUCAUCGCCCUAUUGUGGCCACUUUCAUAGCUGACGUUGAAGUUUUCUGUCACAAGAAGCUUCAGCGGGCCCUUUCAGUAACGGAUGCUGAGCUUGAUGAAAAUCCAUUUCUUGGAGAAUUUGGGUUUAAUUCAGACUUCAGUCAGAAGCUAAUUCUUGAAGGUCUGCAUAAAUAAGACAUUACCAGAAAAGGACGCUAAAAUUUCUUAUAUUUUAACUCGUGGGAUUCUCUGCUUGAAGGGGCUUGUAAUGGUUGGUGGUUGUCAAUCUACGGCCUCUGUGUGUUUGUAAUUUUCUGAUUUCAUGUAAAUCCCUUGUUAAUCAAAUCACCUUGUACGGUGCCGAGCAUGUUCCCCCACUCAGCAAAUCUUCCAAGCGUGAUGGUCUCCAGGCAUUGUACAUAGGAGGCUUACUAAAUUCAUCAGCAUUAGAGAUGCAGUUUUCCUUCCAUGCUGAACGUGAUGAAAGUUUCAAGUUUGGAGGCAACAUGUACAUGUAUGUAAUUGUGAGUAUUAAUUGAGUUACUUCAUCAAGUUCUUGAUUUUCACCUUAAGGCCUGGUGAUACGAUAUGGAUUUUCGAUUCUUUGUAUUGGAAUUUCUUGGAAUUUUAGUUCUUAUGCUGUUGAUAGGUUUGUCCAGUCAGUACCCCUCCAUAAUGUAAUGAUUCUAUUUAUUUGUCAAUAAAUAUCUUUCAGUUA